GUGAUUCGUGAUCCUUCGAUCGGAUUAGGGUUUGAUUUUCUGAUCUGUUUCGCUUUUUUUUCCUUUCUUCAGUUUUCGAUUGCAGCGAUCAAUGAUACGGAGUCCAAAGAGAAGUGGGAGCCUUUAGCUCCUAGUAAAGAAGCUCAGGAGUUUCAUCUCUCGCAAACAUAUCACGAUGGUCUUCUCAAGCUGCAAGCCAAAGACUACGAGAAGGCUCGAGAGCUGCUAGAGUCUAUCCUUAAGGAUCCUAUAAUAGCUAACUCCGAAGUGAAGACUAUUGCAAACGACAAUCAUCUCCAUCAUCUCAGAUUUUUGGCCCUGAAGAAUCUGGCCACUGUAUUUCUUGAGCUAGGUUCAAGUCAUUACGAGAAUGCUCUAAACUGCUAUCUUCAAGCUAUAGACAUAGAUGCAAAGGAUUCUGUGCUGUGGAACCAUCUUGGAACCCUAUCAUGUUCUAUGGGGUUACUGAGUAUUUCACGGUGGGCAUUUGAACAGGGACUUCUCUGCAGCCCCAAUAAUUGGAACUGCAUGGAGAAACUUCUAGAAGUUCUCAUUGCCAUAGGUGAUGAAGUUUCCUGUCUUUCAGUUGCAAAUCUGAUUUUGAGGCAUUGGCCAUCGCAUUCUCGAGCUUUGCAUGUUAAACAUUCUAUCGAAGAAACAGAUUCAGCUCCUUUUGCGCCCAAGGGUAUAGAUAAGCUUAAACCUCAGCAUGUUCGGCUCAAAUUUCUUGGCAAAAGAAAGGUGUCUGACAAUAACCAGGAUAAGAAUGUUGCUUCCAAGAAGUUGAAAAAAAGAGUGCAAGUUAAGCUUCCUGAAGCGUCAUGGGUGGCACUAUUAGAUACUUUACUUGGGAUAGUGCAUCCUUCGUGUGAAACUGUGGGCAUAUCAGCUGAUAUACCAAUAACCAUUGAAUUAGCUCCUAGUGCAGAAGCUGUAAUGCAGGGUCCGGAAAAGAAGGAUCAUUGUGUGGAAUCAGACUCAAGUAUUGUGUCUGAUAAGGAUUGCAACAUCGAAAGAGAAAGUGGUGGUGAGGUUAAGGAAAAAGAGACUGCGUUCUCUGAAGAACAUCCCCAAGAGAGGCGGAGUACUCGUCUUGAGCGGCUUCGGAACCAGAAACCUGAGAAGGAAGACUUAGAAUUUGAUAAUAGCAAGGAUCCUAGCAGUGACAUCCUUCAAUAUCUUGAGACGUUUGUGCUUGGAAGGGGAUUCAGCAGAGUUUCUUCUGGUUCUUUCUGCCUUGACGAAACCGAUCCAAUAUCUGAACAUGCUGUCGUUUCUAAUUUUGUGAAGGAAACUUCAGAAAAUUAUGGUGCUUAUCAUAUGGGUCACUUGCUUCUGGAGUAUAUUGCUAGUAAAUGUGAACAUCUAUUGAGUCGUGAUGCUGCCUUGAAAAUUUUGGAGUUAGAAAAGCUCACUAGACAUUGGGGCCGAGAUCGGAAACCUGAUUGCAGUCUUUUUCUCGCGGAGCUGUACUAUGAUCUUGAGUCGGAACGACCAGAUAUUCCUGAUUGCUCAUCAUGCAUGGUAGAAGUAACGUACCAUCUCUCGAAGAUUAUUGAAUCUGUUUCCCUUGAUUAUGCUAUCGAAUCUACACCUAUUUCUUGGGAAGGAAGUUUUUCUGACUCCUCAUUAAAGAGUUUUCAAGGUGAUCAGACAGCUAUGGAGAUGUUAGAUUAUAAUAAAAGAUCCUUCUGGGUUAGAUAUUUCUGGCUGAGUGCACGGUUAUCAAUUUUGGAGGAUAAUAAAGCCAAAGCCCUUGAAGAAUUUUUUAGGUGUUUGUCAUUGUUAGACAAGAAAGGUAUUGGAGAAUCUCCUGUCUUAAUUCAGCGGCCUCAUUGCAGAAGCAUCCGAGAGCUGAACAUCAACGGAAUCAUCCAUGAGAUAAAUCUGCUUAAGAUUGAUUUCUUGUUGGAAAAGACCAUACCUGAGAUGAUGGAGAAAGAAUUAUAUUCGGAGUGUGUCAAUUUACUUGCAUCACUUUUAUUUCCAAAUAGAGAAAUUUGGCCUGCAUCCUCUGUGAAAACGGAAGAAGGGAUCUCCUCUACGGAGUUAUCAGCACUUGAUGUUUUGAUUAAAGCAUGCCAGAAGAGUGAGCCUAUAGAUGUGGAGGUUUAUAUGAACUGUCAUAGAAGAAAGUUGCAAGUUCUCUUAGAAUCAACUAGUACGGGGGAAUCUGUUGUGUCACCUAAAACCUCAGAUAAAAAUUCGAGUGAGAGUUGGAAUCACUCGGUGGCGGAGGAAGUCAAGGCAAUUCUUCUUUGUAUCUCCCAAGUGAAGAACUUCCUUGACCAGUCAGAAAACUCUAAUGGCAUGGUUGCCCCGAGAGAUUGUGUAGCUGGUAUACAAUCUUUGCUUUUGACAGUCAUGUCAUAUAUCGUGAGGCAUUUUCUUUCUAAGAGAUGUUCAGAUUCUCAAAAUGCUGACGGGAUUGAAGAAGAGCAGAAAUCUUGCUUUCUCGAUGCAGCUAUUGGAUUCUGUAAACUUCAACACCUUGAUUCUACCGUGUCUACUAAAUACCAAGUUGAGUUGAUUAUAGGUCUCCAUGAUUUGCUUGCUGAAUAUGGGCUUUGCUGUGCUGGUAAAAAUUGUGCCGGGGAGGAAGGAGCGUUUCUUAGAUUUGCAAUUAAGCAUUUAUUGGCUGUGGACAUGAAAGUCAAAUCCAGUAUCAACCCCCCAGAUGGCCUUGAACAUGAUUCGGUAUUGCCUGGAAAGUUAUGCAGAGAUGAAAUAAAAUCAUAUGUCAUGGAUGUGCAUGUUGAGGAAAACGAAAACACCAAAACUGAUUCUGAGAAGGAUGGUGCUGGAGAAAAAGUUGGUUAUAGAGAAAAAGAACAGUCAGAACAAGAAAGUAAACAGAUUCUGGAACACACAGAAGAAGUUGCCGAAGAAGAAAAAGAUGAACUUGAGUUGCUAAUCAAUAACGCUUUAGAUCAAUGCUUUUUCUGUCUGUAUGGUCUGAAUCUUAGAGUCGAUGGUUCCUACGAAGAUGAGCUUGCUGUGCACAAAAACACAAGCCGGGGAGAUUACCAGACGAAGGAACAAUGUGUUGAUGUUUUCCAGUACAUACUACCCUAUGCUAAGGCUUCCUCUAGAACUGGACUCGUUAAACUCCGGAGAGUCUUGAGAGCAAUAAAAAGGCAUUUUUCACAACCGCCAGAUGACCUCCUAGUUGCCAAUGUGAUAGAUAAAUUCUUAGAUGACCCUGAAUUAUGUGAAGACAAACUCUCAUACGAGGCUGGUUCUGAAGGUUUCCUUGAAACCAUAACUAAAUGUAUAAUUCCCAACAGAACUCUCGGCGAGUACAAGGUAUCACUGCUCCACAGUUCGGACCCCUAUUUGGAUGUCUACCGCAACUUGUACUAUUUCUUAGCUCAGUCUGAGGAAGUUAGUGCUAGUGAUAAAUGGCCCGGCUUUGUUCUUACUAAGGAAGGAGAAGAGUUUGUACAGCAAAAUGCAAAUCUGUUCAAAUAUGAUCUGCUCUACAAUCCUCUGCGCUUUGAGAGUUGGGAAAAGCUUGGCAAUAUUUACGACGAGGCAAUUAUAAGCUACUAUUUGGGGAUGAGUUUUAACCCUAGAAUUAAGAGAGAGGGGCUUUGUGAAGUAGAUCUGUUGCUAAAUGAUGGGAGUAAGCACAUAAAUGUUGUAGGAUGGAGGAAGAAUGCCGCUCUUUCACAAAGAGUUGAAACAAGCAGAAGAAGAAGCAGACGUUGCCUGCUAAUGAGUUUGGCGUUGGCAAAUUCACCAGAUCAACAGUCUGAGAUACAUGAGCUGUUGGCGCUUGUUUACUAUGACAGCCUUCAGAGUGUUGUGCCGUUUUAUGACCAGCGGUCUGUGCUACCCUCCAAGGAUGCAACGUGGACAAGAUUUUGUGAGAACUCAAUGAAGCAUUUCAAGAAAGCCUUUGCGCAUAGACAAGAUUGGUCACAUGCAUUCUACAUGGGAAAACUCAGUGAGAAGCUUGGGCAGUCGUAUGAAAUUUCUUUAUCCUAUUAUGAGCAAGCCAUGACGUUGAAUCCGUCUGCCGUAGAUCCUGUGUAUAGAAUGCAUGCUUCUCGUUUAAAGCUUCUAAAUGAUUGUGGGAAACAGAACUUAGAGGCCUUAAAGGUCCUCGCCUCUUAUUGCUUUGAUGAAUCUAUAAAGGAUACUGCUAUGGCAAUCAUUAAUACAACGAAUUUUGGAUCCUCCCGUACACCGGAAGAAGCUCAGGAUGGAAACUUGGAAGCUAGCUAUGCUACAACUAGAGAGGGAUCGAUUCAGAUGGAAGGGAUAUGGCAUAUGCUGUACAACGACAGCCUUUCUGCACUGGGAAUAUGUGUAGAAGGAGAUCUUAAACAUUUUCAUAAGGCGAGAUACAUGCUUGCCCAAGGGCUCUAUAGAAGGGGUGGGAGCAGUGAUCUGCAAAGAGCAAAAGAAGAACUUGCUUUUUGUUUUAAAUCAUCCCGGUCAAGUUUUACGAUCAAUAUGUGGGAGAUUGAUGGCAUGCUUAAAAAGGGAAGGCGGAAGACUCCAGGUGUGGCUGGGAACAAGAAGGCCCUUGAAGUUAACCUGCCAGAAAGCUCACGGAAAUUCAUUACUUGCAUCCGCAAAUACUUACUGUUCUAUUUGAGAUUAUUGGAGGAAACUGGAGAUGUCAACACACUAGAACGAGCCUUUAAUUCUCUUCGAUCAGAUAAGAGGUUCUCUCUAUGCAUUGAAGACCUUGUACCAGUUGCAAUAGGAAGAUAUAUAAAUGCACUGGUGUCCUCGAUGAGUCAGGUUGAGUCUGCAGGAGCGAAAAUCAACCGUGAUAGUCAGUUAGAGAAAAUAUUUUCCCUCUUUAUAGAACAAGGAAGCAUAUGGCCAGACAUAUGCAACUUUCCUGAAACAAGAGGUCCAGAAACCUCAGAGAACAGCUUAUGCAGAUUUCUACACCAAUACAUCGUGUCGCUUGAAUUAGACAACAAAGUUGAGACCCUGGAAGCCAUAAAUGAUAAGAUUCGGAAGCGUUUCAAGAAUCCAAAGUUGUCUAACAGUUUUUCGGCUAAAGUUGGGAGACAUGCUUCUCUUGCUUGGUGUCGAGCUCUGAUAAUAAGCUUGGCAUCGAUAACCCCACUGCAGCAAGAAUCCUCGGCGGAAAGUGAAGCAAUAUAUCCAUCAUCUGGUUUUCUGGAAAACAGACGGGUGCUCUGUGUUGACCUCCAGUCAGAACUCUGGAAUUCUUCGUUCGAGGAUCCCUCAGAAUCCCAGCUGCUUGAAGAAAAAUGGCGCCCUCUUCUGCUCAAGAUCAAGAACGUACCGAUUUACAAUAGAGUCGCGGAGGAGAAUCUGGAGAUGGCUAAUUCUCUACUCAAAAGUUGUUACAAUUUCUUCCGAGAAACUGCUUCAGUUACACUUCCUUCUGAAAUCAACCUCUGUUCUGCACUGCCUCAGCUAGCAAUAGCUGGGAAACUUCUUCCAGGCACCGAAGGAGUUGAAGUCAUUGAUGUAAGCAUCCCAAGGAAGCUUCUUAUGUGGGCUUACACGCUGUUUCAUGGACAUUGUGGAAGCAUCUCUCAAGUCGUGAAAUAUAUGGAAGAAAAUACCAAGCCAAAAAUGAAGAGAGGAGCCUCAACUUCAUCAGUGGUUCCUUCGGUUCAAUCAGGUCAGUCUUUUGCUAUAUGCUCACAAGAAAUAAGGCCAAGUGGUGGAAACAAUGAAGCGGAAGCUGCUCCGAAGCUUGUGCAGGUGAUCGCAUCCGAUUCAGUGGGUGGGGAUAGUUGUGGCUCCACAUCUGCUCAAUUGUAA